GUCAAGUUUACGCUGACUCUGACUUACCAGGUUACCAUAUUUGGAACACCCAUUACAACCCGAUUUGCUUUCUCUUCUUUGGCGCCUUUUACAUUAACACACAGUAGACAACCAAGGCAAAAACUUCAUAGCUUUGCUAUUGCCUCUGUCUUCUGCCACCUACUCUCUCUUUUUUUUUCUUUCUUUUUUUUAUUCUCUCCAUUACCACGUUCCUUCCUCCCUAAGCUGUUCUAUUUCUGAAAAUAAAAAGAAAACGUUUUUCGGCAGAAGGUGAAACGGAGCAGGAAGAAGGAAGAAAAAUUAACGGAAAAAAAGGCUUUCUUUUUCGUUCAGCCAUGGUGAUCGUUAAUGGUGUUGCUAGCAGAACAAGAAGCAAGAAGAAAGAGAGGUCUUUGAAUCCGUCACCGUGUAUUGGAUCAGGAUCCCGAACAUUGUCUUCGUCGUCAUCAAAGUCCAGCGAGAGAAAGAAGGGGAAAAGAAAGGCUGAAGUUGAUGUUGAGGUUGUGGAAUUUGACUAUGAGGCUUUCCAUGAACGAUGGAUGAUGGAACCUCAGCAACCUCUUGAGAUGCCUCCGCCAAGAGACGUGAUUGAACUCAGCGAUGAUAGUGAUGAUAAUGCAGCUGCUGAGGGGUUGCAGAAGCUUCAUCGUGGGUAUGUUAAUGAAGAGAAGAAGGAAGAAGUUCAAGAAAGAAACGUGUUUCCUAUUGAUGGUGCUGGAACUUCUGCCAACGAUCCUAUAAUCGUUGGUUUGAGUGAUAGUAGUAGUAGUGAUGAAGGAAGUGAGGGCGGUGGAAGAAGUUUGGACUGGGAUUUUGGAUUAUCAAGUGAGUCAGAGGACACUGAUAACAGUGAUGACGAAGAUUUCAGAGUGGAGGAUGAGGGAGAAGGUUCAGCUUCAGCAUCAGCUUCAGCAUCAACUUCAGCUUCAAGCAGUGAUGAUAGUGGUUCAAGUUCCUUUGAUGAUGAGGAUGAAGAGGAGGAAAAGGAGAAGAGGAGAUGUAAGAGGAGGAAGAAGGAGAAGAAGAGAAGAGAGCCAACUUUUGAGUCUCAUAGCAAUAAAGUUUUGCGCUGCGACGAGGUGAUUGUGGAAACUGAAUGCUCUGGAAUUUGCAAGAAGAAUGGUGAGAAUAAGAAUAAUUCAUCCUCAACCGAGAAUAAUGUGUUUGAUCAUCAGCCAGAGAAAAUGCUACCAAAGGAUGCAGAUUGUGCUAGUGUUCUCUUUGGAGAACGCAAUACGGAGGGUUGUUCUUCAGAAAAGAAUGAAGAUAAGGAAAAGAAUGUAGCCAAGAAACCGGUGGAGGUUUGUUCUUCAAAAAAGAAUGAAGAUAAGGAAGAGAAUGUAGCUAAGAAACCAGUGGAGGGUUGUUCUUCAAAAAAGAAUGCAGAUUGUGCUAGUGUUCUCUUUGGAGAUCGCAAUACGGAGGGUUGUUCUUCAGAAAAGAAUGAAGAUAAGGAAGCCAAGAAACCAGCGGAGGGUUGUUCUUCAAAAAAGAAUGAAGAUAAGGAAAAGAAUGUAGCUAAGAAACCAGUGGAGGGUUGUUCUUCAAAAAAUAAUGAAGAUAAGGAAAAGAAUGUGGCUAAGAAACCAGUGGAGGGUUGUUCUUCAAAGAAGAACGAAGACAAAGGAAAGAAGGUGGCAAAGAAACCAAUGCCGGCGGGGAAUAGAGCACGGAAGAGAGUGGAAAGAACAGGAGAAAAUGUUGGUGCUGAUAUUGAAGCCUCUUCCCAAAAGCGUUCGCGUCCAUCCACACCUGAGGAGAAUGAUUCAGAAAAGGAUGAAAAGAAACCGGUAAAACAGAAGGGUCGUGAAAGUGUGUCUGAUUUUGUGGCAAAGGACAAAGGGGACUCGCCAAUGAUCGAUGAAAGAGUGCCGAUGAAUGAUGAAAGAAUGGAGAGUGCAGAGGAAGAGAGGGAGAACAAGAAGGAAGGAGAGGCUGAAGGGAAGCAUAAGGCCGGGGCGGUUUGCGAAAGUAGUUACAAAGAGAGGGAGCAACAUAGAGUGACAACAAAUCCAUCUAGGCCAAAGGAGGCACCGUUGAUUGAACUUCUUGCUGAAUGCUUUCGGAUUAAGCAUAAUCCAGAUAAUGUUCAUAAGCAAGAUACAAUCUCAAAGGAACCAGCUCUCGAUGUUCAGAGAAAAUUUUUUUUUGGAAAGAAAGUGCCAAUUGAAAAAACUGAAUCCGAGAAGGAGAGGGAUAUGUUGUGGGAAGAAAUGGAUUCUUUGCUCAGACUAGGUGAAGUUGACUCCUUGGUUGGCUGUGUUGAGACUGUCGAAACGCAACAGAACACAGAGGCUCCGGCAACCAAUUGUAAGCACAAGUUUGUCCAUGAUGAAGAGACUGGAAUAUAUUGCAUACUCUGCCAUUGGAUGAUCAUAGACAUAAAAGGCAUGCCGGUACCCUUUGUGAGUGAGUAUCCAAGAGAAGGAUCAAGAAAGAAGCUGCUAUCUGAUGGGCCUAAUGGCUUAUGCUUUGAUGAUGCUCCAUUCGGUGUCCGAGAAGGUGGUUACUGUAACAAGGAAGGCACAGUUUGGGACCUGAUUCCAGCAGAUACUAAGCAAAACCUGUAUGCUCAUCAGCUUGAAGGUUUUGAAUUCCUUUGGAAAAACUUGGCAGGAACCAUGGAGCUUCCUAAAUUGAAGAGUUGUGACUCGAACAGCACGGGUGGAUGCAUCAUUUCUCAUGCUCCAGGGACUGGAAAGACGCGGCUGACCAUCGUGUUCCUUCAGACAUACUUGAAAGUGUUUCCAGAUUGCCAUCCCAUGAUUAUUGCUCCUGCUAGCUUACUGCUAACUUGGGAAGAUGAGUUCAGAAAGUGGGACAAUGAGAUUCCGUUCCAUAAUUUGAGCAAUCAAGACACAUCAGGAAAAGAGCACCGAGCUGCAUGGAGCAAAGUUGGAGGGUCUGCUCCAAGCCAGGAAGAUAUCCGGAUGGUGAAGCUGUAUUCUUGGUUCAAAGAACCAAGUAUUCUUGGAAUCAGCUACAGUCUAUUUCAGAGGCUUACCGGCUUGAAGCGUGAUAAAAGCUUGAAGGAGAAUGCUGCCAGAGGGGUCAUGGGAAAAAUCCUUCUUGAAGUUCCUGGAUUGUUGGUAUUGGAUGAAGGACACACGCCACGAAAUCAGAGUAGUCAGAUUUGGAAGGUUCUUUCUGAGAUUCAAACUCACAAGAGAAUCAUCCUUUCCGGGACUCCUUUCCAGAACAAUUUUCUGGAGCUUUACAAUACAAUCUGCGUGGUCAGACCGUCCUUUCCGGAUACCAUACCUCCUGAGCUUAAAAAGUUCUGCCAAAGAAGAUUGAUGCAAGAGAAGAAAGAAUCUAAAGGUCUCAGUUGGGAACCAGUUUCUUCAGUCAGAACUGAGAAUCUAAAUGAUGAGAACAUCAAGCAGUUGAAGCAGCUGAUGGAUCCAUUUGUGCAUGUUCACAAAGGCAGUAUUCUUCAGAAGAAUCUUCCUGGCUUGAAAGACUGCGUGGUGACUUUAAUGCCAGGUGAUUUGCAGAAAACACUUCUUGAGGGCAUUGAAGGACAUCCAAAUACAUUGCCUUUUGAUAGCAAGUCGGCCUUGGUGUCUGUCCAUCCAUCCCUUUUCCUUUGCUGCACUCUUUCACCUAAGGAAAGAGCUCUUGUUGACAUGGAACAGUUGAAAGACCUCAAACUGAAUCCAACUGUUGGUGUCAAAACAAGAUUUUUGGUGGAGUUUGUAAGGAUCUGUGAUGCAAUGAACGAGAAAGUGCUUGUGUUCAGCCAGUUCCUUGAUCCUUUGACUUUAAUCAUGGAGCAAUUAAAGUCAAUUUUCAAUUGGACUGAGAAAAAAGAAGUUUUCUACAUGAGUGGAAAGCUGGAUAAGAACCAAAGGCAGUUACUCAUUCAUUCCUUCAAUGAUCCAAACAGCCAAGCAAAGAUCUUGCUUGCAUCCACAAAAGCUUGCUGUGAAGGAAUCAGUCUGGUUGGUGCUUCCAGGGUGGUGCUGCUGGAUGUGGUUUGGAACCCCUCGGUCGAAAGGCAAGCUAUCAGCCGUGCUUAUAGGCUGGGGCAAAAGAAGGUGGUCUACACUUACCAUCUCAUAACACAUGGGACCACCGAGUAUACAAAAUACUGCCAUCAGGCCAAGAAGGACCGGUUGUCUGAACUAGUCUUUUCAGCAAAGAACACUGAACAGGAUGAGCCCAAGAGUUCUGCCGUGGAAUUCGAGGAUGAAAUUCUCGAUAACAUGGUGCGCCAUGGGAAACUGAGGGACUUGUUUGGUGACUGUGUGGUGCAGCCAAAGGACUCUGAUUUGAUUGAUAAUUUGGAUCCUAAAAUUUCCUGAAAUUCAAGCUUAAGUUGAGAGUUUCCAGUACUGAAGAGUGCAGCCAUUGUGAACAAGUUGUCACGGAGGAAUAGGUACAGCCGAGCAGCAAUGCAAGAUCAAGUGAUCAAGUGAAAGUUGGAUACAGAACCUGAUUUUGAGUACAGUAAUUUCAGUUGUCUAUAAUACUUGCUAACUUAACUAUAUCAUUUGUGUAUAGCAGUGUUAACUCCUAAAGGUGUAAUACAAAAG